GCAGACCAGGAGCCUCACGUCCACCACAAGACGGUCACAGCAAGACCACAGUUCGUCCUCUACUUCAGAUUUGUUCAACUACACGUCAGGACGAUGGAUGUCUGUAGCAGAUCUUCAUUCCCGACCGCGCACCGUGCAGAACUGACCUCCUCCCCAGCCACGACGAGCAUCUCCGCAAAUCCCAACGCAGACGCCCGUUCAACGUCGCGGAACUCAUACGCCUGGCCGCCGCCGCAAUCAACGCGCCCGCCACCGAGGUCGCCAGCCUCCGAAAACUCGGCGAGGGCGGCUUCAACCGCACCUUCCUGGUCACCAUGCGCGACGGCUUCCAGCUCGUGGCCCGCAUCCCCUACCCCGUCACCGAGCCCAAGUACCUCCUCGUCGCGAGCGAGGUGGCCACCAUCGAAUACCUACGUUGGCGGGGGUUCCCCGUGCCCCGCAUCUACGGAUACUCGGCCACCGCGGACAAUGCCGUAGGCACGGAGUAUAUCUUCAUGGAGUGCGCGGCGGGGCGGCGCCUCACGGAUCGCUGGUUCGAUCUGUCGGAGCAGGAGCUGGCGGGGGUGGUGGAACGGAU